AUGGUGAAAAGAAAAAGCUCAGAGGGCCAGGAGCAGGAGAGUGGCCGUGGCAUCCCUCUGCCCAUCCAGACCUUCCUAUGGAGGCAAACCAGUGCAUUUUUAAGGCCUAAACUGGGGAAACAGUAUGAAGCUUCCUGUGUGUCUUUUGAACGAGUUUUAGUAGAAAACAAGCUGCAUGGCCUUUCUCCAGCUCUGUCUGAGGCCAUCCAGAGCAUCUCUCGCUGGGAGCUUGUCCAGGCUGCCCUCCCACACGUGCUGCACUGCACUGCAACGCUGCUCUCCAAUCGAAACAAGCUGGGACAUCAGGAUAAGCUUGGAGUAGCUGAAACAAAGCUUCUUCACACUCUCCACUGGAUGCUCCUGGAGGCCCCUCAGGACUGCAGCAAUGACCGAUUUGGAGACAGAGGCUCUAGCUGGGGAGGCAGCAGUAGUGGCUUUAUCCACCAGGCUGAAAACCAGGGAUCCCCAGGACAUCCCUGGCCCAGCUCCGUGACUGAUGAAGAGGAGAACAACAGGAGGAAGUUCUUCCAGAACUCCAUGGCCACAGUGGAGCUCUUUGUGUUCCUUUUUGCUCCACUUGUCCACAGGAUUAAAGAGUCUGACCUGACAUUUCGUUUGGCCAGUGGGCUUGUUAUUUGGCAGCCUAUGUGGGAACACAGGCAGCCUGAAGUUUCUGCCUUCACUGCCCUUGUAAAACCAAUUAGGAACAUCGUGACAGCUAAGAGAAGUUCUCCCACCAACAACCAGAGUGUGACUUGUGAAUCCCCCAAUCUGGACAGUGGACAUACUGAGGGACUACAGGUGGUUUGUGAGACAACUCAUCCAGAUUCUGUACCUCCAAAGGCCACUGUUUCAGCUUGUCACCGUGGAAAUUCCUUGGAUGGAAGUUUAUCCUCCCAGACCUCACACGAGAGGGGAACCACGCAUCCCAGGGUGUCCUUAGUGAUCCCACCAUGCCAGAAGUCUCGCUAUGCCACGUACUUUGAUGUGGCGGUGCUGCGCUGCCUGCUGCAGCCACACUGGUCUGAGGAGGGCACGCAGUGGUCACUGAUGUACUACCUGCAGAGGCUGAGGCACAUGCUGCAGGAAAAGCCAGAGAAACCACCUGAACCAGAGAUCCAUCCCCUACCAAGACCUCGCAGCAGCUCCAUGGUGGCUGCUGCACCUUCUCUGGUGAAUACCCACAAGACUCAGGACCUUACAAUGAAAUGUAAUGAAGAAGAAAAGUCACUAAGCACAGAGGCAUUUUCCAAGGUUUCACUGACCAACUUGCGUAGACCAGCAGUUCCAGAUCUCUCAACAGACCUAGGGAUGAACAUCUUCAAAAAGUUUAAGAGUCGCAAAGAAGACAGGGAACGUGAGCGAAAAGGCUCAAUUCCUUUCCACCACACUGGGAAGAAACGGCAGCGAAGGAUGGGGGUGCCCUUCCUUCUCCAUGAGGAUCACUUGGAUGUCUCCCCCACUCGCAGCACGUUCUCCUUUGGCAGUUUCUCUGCAAUUGGAGAGGACCGGCGUGGCAUGGAGAGAGGAGGAUGGCAGACCACCAUAUUAGGAAAAUUUACCAGGCGGGGGAGCUCUGACACAGCAACGGAGAUGGAGAGCCUGAGCGCCAGGCAUUCACACUCUCAUCACACGCUCAUGUCUGAUCUUCCAGACCACUCAAACAGCCAUGGGGAGAACACAGUCAAAGAAGUGAGGUCCCAGAUCUCCACCAUCACCGUGGCCACCUUCAACACUACCCUGGCUUCAUUCAAUGUGGGCUACGCCGAUUUCUUCAGUGAGCACAUGAGGAAGCUUUGCAACCAGGUGCCUAUCCCUGAGAUGCCCCAUGAGCCACUUGCAUGUGCCAACCUCCCACGAAGCCUGACAGACUCCUGCAUCAAUUACAGUUGCUUGGAGGAUACGGAUCACAUUGAUGGAACCAACAACUUUGUCCACAAGAAUGGCAUGCUGGAUCUCUCGGUGGUCCUGAAGGCUGUUUACUUGGUGCUGAACCAUGACAUCAGUUCCCGGAUUUGUGAUGUGGCUCUGAACAUCGUGGAGUGUUUACUGCAGCUCGGUGUUGUGCCCUGUGUAGAGAAGGCUCGAAGAAAGAGUGAGAACAAAGAAAAUGAGGCCCCUGAAAAGAGACCAAGUGAAGGAUCCUUCCAGCUCAAAGGGGCUACUUCUGGAGGUUCAGCUUGUGGAUUUGUGCCUCCCACAGUUAGUGGAGCUGGAGAUGGAGGGGAAGAAGGAGGUGGUGGAGGUGGUGGAGGAGGCGGAGGUGGAAGUGAUGGAGGAGGUGGAGGAGGAGGGCCAUAUGAGAAGAAUGACAAAAAACAAGAAAAGGAUGAAGGCCCGUCUAUCAGCACCCAUAGGCUGUCACUCACAAUGCUGAUUAAAAUUGUGAAGUCCCUGGGCUGUGCCUAUGGUUGUGGAGAAGGACACCGAGGGCUCUCUGGAGAUCGCCUGAGACACCAGGUAUUCCGGGAGAAUGCUCAGAGCUGCCUCACAAAGUUGUACAAACUUGAUAAAAUCCAGUUCCGGCAGACCAUGAGGGAUUAUGUGAACAGGGAUUCUCUCAAUAAUGUGGUGGAUUUCCUGCAUGCUUUACUGGGAUUCUGCAUGGAGCCAGUCACUGACAACAAGGCUGGAUUUGGAAAUAACUUCACCACAAUGGACAACAAGUCUUCAGCCCAAAGUGUAGAAGGUAUUAUUGUGAGUGCCAUGUUCAAGUCAUUGAUCACUCGCUGUGCUUCUACGACUCAUGAACUGCACAGCCCAGAAAAUCUGGGCUUGUACUGCGAUAUCCGACAGCUGGUCCAGUUUAUCAAGGAAGCUCAUGGGAACGUCUUUCGGAGAGUGGCACUCAGUGCCCUCUUAGACAGUGCUGAAAAGUUAAUACCAGGAAAAAAAACAGAGGCAACGGAGCAAGAGCCAAAACCUUCUGGGAGCAAAAGAUCUGAGGUGGGAAGUGUCAUCAUUGACAAAAGCCAGGCAUCAGCAGCCCCUGAUGAAUGUCGUAGUUACCUCUCAAGCCGCCCAAUGCAAACUCCAGAACAUGAUGAGCAAAACCAAGGAGCCGCUUUGGGACGCAAGGACUUCUGGCGAAAGAUGUUCAAGUCACAGAGUGCAGCAAGUGACACCAGUAGCCAGUCUGAGCAGGACACAUCUGAAUGCACCACUGCUCACUCUGGGACCACCACAGACAGACGCUCCCGGUCCCGUUCCCGACGAAUCUCCCUUCGAAAGAAACUCAAACUCCCCAUAGGGAACUGGCUGAAGCGCUCCUCCCUCUCUGGCCUGGCUGAUGGGGUGGAAGAUCUCCUAGAUAUCAGCUCAGUUGACCGUCUGUCUUUCAUCAGGCAGAGCUCUAAGGUGAAGUUUACCAGUGCAGUGAAGCUGUCAGAAGGAGGGGGGCCAGGAGGUGGCCUGGACAACGGGCGAGAUGAAGAGGAGAAUUUCUUCAAGCGUCUUGGUUGCCACAGCUUUGAUGAUCAUUUGACCUCCAACCAAGAUGGAGGAAAAUCCAAGAAUGUUGUGAACCUGGGAGCAAUCCGCCAAGGAAUGAAGCGCUUUCAGUUUCUCCUGAACUGCUGUGAACCAGGCACUAUCCCAGAUGCUUCCAUUUUGGCAGCAGCCCUAGAUCUUGAAGCCCCUGUAGUGGCAAGGGCAGCGCUGUUCCUUGAGUGCGCCCGCUUCGUUCACCGCUGCAAUCGUGGCAACUGGCCCGAGUGGAUGAAGGGCCACCAUGUGAACAUCACUAAGAAAGGCCUCUCCCGUGGGCGUUCUCCUAUCGUGGGCAACAAAAGGAACCAGAAGCUGCAGUGGAAUGCAGCUAAGCUCUUCUACCAGUGGGGAGAUGCAAUCGGUGUACGCCUCAAUGAGCUGUGCCAUGCUGAGAGUGAGAGCCCUGCCAACCUCCUGGGCCUCAUUUAUGAUGAGGAGACAAAGAGGCGCCUGAAAAAGGAGGAUGAGGAAGAAGACUUUUUAGAUGACAGCACUGUGAAUCCUACCAAAUGUUGUUGUCCUUUUGCACUGAAAAUGGCAGCCUGUCAGCUUCUCCUGGAGAUUACAACUUUCCUUCGGGAGACCUUUCCUUACAUGCCCAGGCCACGCACUGAGCCUCUUGUGGAUCUAGAGAGCUGCAGGCUGCGUUUGGACCCUGAGAUGGAUCGGCAUAGGUAUGAAAGGAAGAUCAGCUUUGCUGGGGUUUUGGAUGAAAAUGAAGAUUCAAAGGAUUCCCUGCACAGCAGCAGCCACACCCUCAAAUCUGAGACUGGCUUCGAGGACAAAAAAGUUCCCAGCAGGAAGAUCAGGAUAGGAGGCUCCCGCUUGCUCCAGAUUAAAGGAACCCGCAGUUUCCGGGUGAAGAAGGGGGGUUCCCUUUCCAGCAUUCGCCGGGCCGGCAGCCUAAAGAGCACCAAGUUAUCACGGCAGGACUCAGAGUCUGAGAAUGAGGAGCUGCAGCUGUCCCACAGCAGGGACACUGUCACUGAUAUAGAAGGGAGCCCUUGGAGCACGAGUGAACCUAGCAUUGAGCCCGAGCUGCUGAGCAACACAGGCACGGAGGAGAACUAUCAUCGGAACAUGUCAUGGCUGCAUGUCAUGAUCCUAUUGUGCAACCAGCAAAGUUUCAUAUGUACCCACAUUGACUACUGUCACCCACACUGCUACCUCCAUCACAGCCGGUCCUGUGCUCGUCUUGUCCGGGCCAUCAAACUCCUGUAUGGAGACACAGUGGACUCUCUGAGAGAAAACAGCUCAUUGAACAAUGUGGCAAGAGGCAAAAAGCAAAAGGAAUGCUCAGAAAAGUCAUGCUUGAGAACUCCAUCUUUAAAAAAGAGAGUGAUUGAUACCAACUUGGAAACAAAGAAGGACUCUGGAAUGCUAAAAUACAUCAGGCACCAGGUAAUGAGCCUCUCCCCUGCACCUUUGUCGCUGCUUAUCAAAGCAGCUCCUAUCCUCACUGAAGAUAUGUAUGGGGACAUCCAGCCAGCAGCCUGGGAGCUCCUGCUCAGUGUGGAUGAGCACAUGGCUGGAGCAGCAGCUGCCAUGUUCCUGCUGUGUGCUGUGAAAGUGCCAGAGGCUGUUUCUGACAUGCUGAUGUCCGAAUUUCAUCACCCAGAGGCAGUGCAGAGACUGAAUGCCAUUCUCAAAUUUCACACGCUCUGGAGGUUUAGGUACCAAGUCUGGCCAAGAAUGGAAGAGGGAGCACAGCAAAUCUUCAAGAUCCCUCCUCCAAGUAUAAACUUCACUCUACCUUCUCCUGUCCUGGGGAUGCCAUCUGUGCCAAUGUUUGACCCUCCCUGGGUCCCUCAGUGCAGCGGGAGUGUGCAAGAUCCUAUAAAUGAAGAUCAGUCGAAGUCAUUUUCAGCCAGAGCUGUGUCACGUUCCCAUCAGCGAGCGGAGCACAUCCUAAAGAACCUGCAGCAGGAGGAAGAGAAGAAGCGGCUGGGCAGGGAAGCGAGCCUCAUCACUGCUAUCCCCAUCACUCAGGAGGCCUGCUAUGAGCCAACCUGCACACCAAGCUCAGAGCAGGAAGAAGAAGUAGAAGAAGUUGCCAACCUGGCCUCCCGCCGUCUCUCCGUGAGCCCUUCCUGCACCUCCAGUACAUCCCACAGGAAUUAUUCUUUCCGACGUGGCUCUGUCUGGUCGGUACGGUCAGCAGUCAGUGCUGAAGAUGAGGAACACACUACAGAGCAUACCCCUAACCACCAUGUGCCACAACCACCUCAAGCUGUGUUUCCAGCAUGCAUCUGUGCAGCAGUACUCCCCAUUGUCCAUUUAAUGGAAGAUGGAGAAGUCCGAGAAGAUGGAGUAGCUGUAAGUGCUGUUGCUCAGCAGGUCCUGUGGAACUGCUUAAUUGAAGACCCCUCCACAGUUCUGCGCCAUUUCCUGGAAAAGCUCACAAUCAGCAACCGACAGGAUGAGCUGAUGUAUAUGUUAAGGAAGCUUUUGUUGAACAUUGGAGACUUCCCUGCCCAGACAUCUCAUAUCCUCUUUAACUACUUGGUAGGACUGAUCAUGUAUUUUGUGCGCACCCCGUGUGAAUGGGGCAUGGAUGCCAUAUCUGCCACCCUUACCUUCCUUUGGGAAGUAGUGGGUUAUGUAGAAGGACUGUUCUUCAAAGAUCUCAAACAGACUAUGAAGAAGGAACAAUGUGAAGUCAAGCUGCUGGUGACUGCCUCAAUGCCAGGUACAAAGACCCUUGUUGUACAUGGACAGAAUGAAUGUGACAUCCCAACUCAGUUACCAGUCCAUGAAGACACACAGUUUGAGGCUCUUCUGAAGGAAUGUUUGGAGUUUUUUAACAUACCUGAAACACAAUCUUCUCAUUACUUUUUAAUGGAUAAGAGAUGGAAUCUUAUUCAUUACAACAAGACCUAUGUCCGUGACAUUUAUCCUUUCCGGAGGUCGGUUUCUCCGCAGCUCAAUCUGGUGCAGAUGCAUCCAGAAAAGGGACAAGAACUCAUUCAGAAGCAGGUGUUCACUCGCAAGCUAGAAGAGGUGGGGCGGGUGUUGUUCCUCAUAUCUCUGACACAGAAAAUCCCCACGGCCCACAAGCAGUCCCAUGUAUCCAUGCUCCAGGAGGAUCUCCUGCGCUUGCCUUCGUUUCCACGGAGCGCCAUCGAUGCUGAGUUCUCACUCUUCAAUGAUCCCCAAGCUGGGAAAGAACUCUUUGGUCUGGACACUCUUCAGAAAAGCUUGUGGAUUAAGCUGCUGGAGGAGAUGUUCCUCGGCAUGCCCAGUGAGUUCCCCUGGGGGGAUGAAAUCAUGCUGUUUUUGAAUGUCUUCAAUGGAGCCCUGAUCCUGCACCCUGAGGACAGUGCCCUGCUGAGGCAGUACGCUGCCACCGUCAUCAACACGGCCGUGCACUUCAACCACCUCUUCUCCCUCAGUGGGUACCAGUGGGUGCUCCCCAGCAUGUUGCAGGUAUACUCUGACUAUGAGAGCAACCCCCUGUUACGCCAGGCGAUUGAGUUUGCGUGCCGCCAGUUCUACGUCCUGCAUCGCAAGCCUUUCAUCCUGCAGCUCUUUGCAAGUGUGGCCCCUCUCCUGGAGUUCCCUGAUGCCACAAACAACGGAACAAGCAAAGGAGUGUCAGCUCAGUGCCUGUUUGACCUGCUGCAGUCUUUAGAGGGAGAAAUUCCAGACAUUCUGGACAUCUUAGAGCUGGUGAAAGCAGAAAAGCCUCUCAAGUCACUGGAUUUCUGCUAUGGGAAUGAAGACUUGACAUUUUCUAUCAGUGAAGCCAUCAAGCUUUGUGUGACAGUGGUGGCCUAUGCUCCUGAAUCAUUCAGAAGCCUCCAGAUGCUGAUGGUCUUGGAAGCACUGGUUCCCUGUUACUUGCAGAAACUGAAGCGACAAACCUCCCAGGUGGAGACUGUGACAGCAGCUCGUGAGGAGAUUGCUGCUAUGGCUGCCCUUGCCACCUCUUUGCAGGCCCUCUUGUACAGUGUAGAAAUUCUCACCAGGCCUAUGACAGCCCCACAGAUGAGUCGAUGUGACCAAGGCCAUAAAGGGACCACCACAGCAAACCACACCAUGUCAGCAGGUGUGAACACCAGGUACCCAGAACAGGGAGCCAAAUUACACUUUAUCAGGGAGAACCUUCAUUUACUGGAGGAGGGUCAGGGUCUUCCUCGAGAAGAGCUGGAUGAACGAAUUGCCAGAGAGGAGUUCAGGAGACCGCGGGAGUCACUGCUGAAUAUCUGCACUGAGUUUUACAAGCACUGUGGUCCAAGGCUGAAGAUUCUGCAGAACCUGGCUGGUGAGCCCCGAGUGACUUCUCUAGAGCUGCUGGAUGUGAAGUCCCACAUGAGACUGGCAGAAAUUGCACAUUCCCUGCUGAAGCUGGCACCUUAUGACACGCAAACGAUGGAAAGCCGAGGCCUCCGGCGCUACAUCAUGGAGAUGCUGCCCAUCACUGACUGGAGUGCCGAGGCGGUGAGACCUGCCCUUAUCCUCAUCUUAAAGAGAUUGGAUCGUAUGUUCAAUAAAAUUCACAAGAUGCCUACUUUGAGGCGCCAGGUUGAGUGGGAGCCUGCCAGCAAUUUGAUUGAAGGGGUUUGUUUGACACUUCAGAGGCAGCCAAUCAUUUCCUUCCUGCCUCACCUUAGGUCUCUGAUCAAUGUCUGUGUCAACCUGGUGAUGGGAGUGGUAGGACCCUCCAGUGUGGCUGACGGAUUACCCCUUCUUCAUCUCAGCCCUUAUCUCUCGCCACCUCUGCCCUUCAGCACAGCUGUUGUCCGGCUUGUAGCAUUGCAGAUACAGGCUUUGAAAGAAGAUUUCCCCCUAAGCCAUGUCGUCUCCCCAUUCACCAAUCAGGAAAGAAGGGAAGGAAUGCUUUUAAACCUACUGAUUCCAUUUGUGCUCACAGUAGGAUCUGGAAGCAAAGACAGCCCCUGGCUGGAGCAGCCCGAGGUCCUGUUGCUGCUCCAGACUGUUAUCAAUAUUCUCCUGCCACCUCGCAUCAUCAGCACUUCCCGCAGCAAGAACUUUAUGCUGGAGAGUUCCCCUGCUCACUGCUCCACCCCGGGGGAUGCAGGCAAGGACCUGCGGCGGGAAGGCCUCGCAGAGUCCACCAGCCAGGCUGCCUACCUGGCCCUGAAGGUGAUCCUCGUUUGCUUUGAACGCCAGCUGGACAGCCAGUGGUACUGGCUGAGCCUGCAAGUCAAAGAGAUGGCACUGCGGAAGGUGGGAGGGCUGGCACUCUGGGACUUCCUCGACUUCAUCGUACGGACACGGAUCCCAAUCUUUGUGCUCCUUCGGCCCUUCAUCCAGUGCAAGCUGCUGGCCCAGCCGGCUGAGAACCACGAGGAGCUGACAGCCCGGCAGCACAUUGCGGAUCAGCUGGAGAGGAGGUUCAUACCGCGCCCGCUCUGCAAGAGCUCCCUCAUUGCUGAAUUCAACAAUGAGCUGAAGAUCCUGAAGGAGGCAGUGCACAGCGGUUCUGCUUACCAAGGGAAGACAUCUGUCAGCACCGUGGGCACCUCCACCUCCGCAUACCGCCUGAGCCUGGCCACCAUGUCCCGCUCCAACACUGGCACUGGCACGGUCUGGGAGCAGGACAGUGAGCCCUCCCAGCAGGCCUCGCAGGACACACUGAGCCGUACGGACGAGGAGGACGAAGAAAAUGACUCCUUGAGCAUGCCCAGUGUGGUAAGUGAACAAGAAGCAUACCUUACAGGUGCCAUUGGGAGGAGGCGGUUCUCCAGCCAUCUUUCCAGCAUGUCUGCACCUCAGGCUGAGGUGGGCAUGUUACCCAGCCAAAGUGAACCUAAUGUCCUCGAUGACUCCCCGAGCCUGGCCACUGAGGGCAGCCUCUCUAGGGUGGCAAGCGUGCAGAGUGAGCCAGGACAGCAGAACCUUCUUCUGCAGCAGCCCCUGGGGCGGAAGAGAGGUCUACGACAGCUUCGACGACCACUGCUGUCACGUCAGAAAACUCAAACCGAGCCGCGCAGCCGCCACGGAGCUCGACUCUCAACCACGCGGCGGAGCAUCCAGCCAAAGCCCAAACCCUGCGUGGAGCAGAAGCGUUCGGUGACUUUCACUGAAGCCCAGCCUGAGGCACCAGCAGCCCCACCGGGGGACCCCUCGGCUGCAGCACCCCAGCAGCAGGGCUGCAGCCACAGCAGCCCCCAGGCCACCAGCAAGCAGGAACCACCAAGUGACCCUGUGCUGACUUCCUCACCUGCCAUCGUUGUGGCUGAUCUCCACAGCCAGGCCACUGCCCAGAGUGAGGCACUUUGUGCUGAGAAGGAAGAAGAGGAGGGCUUGGAGUCCCGGCCAGCAACAGCACAAAGCACCCCACCCACCCAGCUCUCUGACACAGAGGACUACACGGGCCUUGAGACCACCAGCUUGCUGCAGCAUGGGGACACAGUGCUCCACAUCAGCGAGGACAACGGGAUGGAGAACCCCUUGCUGGCCACUCAUUUCAGCUUUACAAAUGUGGAGCUCGGGGAGACUGAUGUUGAUCUGGAUGAAUCUCAUGUUUAAUGCUUGGGGAUGUGCAGUAGUGGGAGAAGGAAGAGGAAGUGGACCUUCUCCUUGGAGUUCCUUGGUAACUAAUUAAAACAAGAGCACUUUAUUAGCUGAAAGCAGAAAAUAGC